AUGACUGAUAUCCUAGAACGUUUAGCGGAAAGACAAGGUCAUGAACCAUUUAACCAAACUGGGGGACAGGAUAGAGGAGAGGAUAGAGCUCUAGAGAGAUUUUUGAAGUUUAACCGGCCUAAAUUUAUUGGUGAACCCGAUCCUGAGGUAGCGAAGAAUUGGUUGGAGAGAAUGACCAACAUAUUCGCCGCUCUAGACUAUACUGAGGAUAAGCUAGUGAAUUUUACUGCUUUCCAAUUUGAGGGAGUGGCUCGUACUUGGUGGGAUGUGUGCACGCCUUCCAAAAUGGGAAGAGGAAUGGAAGGAACAAGGACUGCAGGAGCUUCUAAGGGAGCUUUAUCCAAAGGAGGUCGUGGUGGACCGGUUCAAGUUAGGAGAGCGCCUUCUAGUGGAUCGGCAGUGACCCUUCAACUUACUUGUGGGUACUGUGGUAAACCCAACAAUUCUAAGAAUGACUGUUGGAGGAAGUCGGGGAAAUGUCUAUUUUGUGGGAGUGCCGAACACCAACUCGCAGGUUGUCCAAAGGCACCAAAAUUGGGAGGUAACCCUCAGAGGUCUGAAAAGUCAACCUCUAAGCAGACUAGUGCUGGAGGGAGCCGACCUAAGGUACCGGUUAGGGUUUAUGCACUGGAUCACCAACAAAUACCUGAUGCGACUGAGGUUCAAACUGUAGAGGAACAAGUAAGAGCUUCAGCAGAACACAAACUAGGAGUUGCAAAUCAGAGCAUCACUGCCGGCUUUUUUGAUAAUAAUACCAGUGCAGAAGAUAGAAGAGAAUACUUGGAGUCCCUUCUGCGGGAGUGCAAGAAGGAAGAAGCUUCACCUGUUUUGGGUGAUGAUGCUUUGAAUGAUCUUAUAGCCCGCAGUGAAUCAGAAAUUGAUAUAUUUGAAUCGGUCGACAAAAAAAGGCGAGAAGAAGAGAUGGGGGCAUGGAGGAAGCUGGUCAUAGAGAGUGGGGCUGAAGAUCGUGAGUGCUUACCUCCCUUGCCUUCUCGACUUCUCACUGAUGACGACCUCAAAUUAUUCUAUGAAGCAAUGAAGAUAUCUGAAGCACCACCACAAGUGGUGGCUUCUAAUAGUGGAAUGAAAAGGAAGAGUGAUUACCUUGGGGGCCUUGAUACUCGCCAGUAUGGAAGAGGAAAACGAGCGAGAGAGGUACGAUCCUAUGAAGAGCAAUGGACUGAGGAAGAAUUUGAAAAAAUGUGCCAAGCUGAUUCACCAGGAUCCCCUCAAGUGAAGGAGGAGAUCAUAGAAAAGAAAUUGUCAGCCGUUAUUAGUGACUGUGUCAUGUUGACUGGUGAAACACAGGCACAGAUGCCACAGCAACCACUGAACCCUAUUGUUCAGCCAGCGGCAGAACCAAGCAAAGAGGUAACUCCACCAUCUAAACGCGGACGUGGUAGGCCAAGAAGAACACCAACUACUACGGAAUUAUUGCCCUCUCCAGGGGCUCUUCUAGCAUCUUCUGGAGUACAACCAAUGAAUGCUAUGCCCAAGACGGAAAAUGUCUCCUGCUCUCAGGUGGUUUCUCUUUCUGAAGGUUUGCAAGAUUUGGCUCCUGAGAACAGCUUCACUGUGACUGUCCAGCAAAUUGUCGUGGGAAGUGAUCCUGGAGUGCAGUCAGUUUCUCUACCUCCUGUUACUCCUGCAGUUCCGCCUACUACUCUUCCGUGCCCUUCCACACCUGUACAAGGAAGGGGCCGAGGUCGUAAGGCACAAUCUGCUGGAGAAGCCCCAAGACGUAGAGGUAAGAGACUGAAUACUGUAGUUGUUCCUUCUCCAACACUGACAGCAAUAAGCAAGCCUGAGUUUGAGACCCUGGUAGAAGGAGCUUCAAGCUCUUUGAGAGCCUGUAAUCCUGAUCCUGCAUCUCAACCUUCAAAUGCGGUACACAAUACUGAAAAACGGACUCUGGUUUCACAUGUUCCUCUUCUGUCAUCUUCUGCGAUGAGCAAAUCAGACUUGGGAUCUCAAGAAGUGUCUGUUUUGAACUCAACAAUGCCAGUUUCUGAUGCUUUUCCCUGCUCUUUGGUUAUGGCUGCUCCAAAUUCCUCAAGUAUACCUACUGAUGCUUUUCCUAGUUCUUUGGUCACUGCUGGUGUUACUCAACAAGAUCCCCUUGCAAGGACUGCUCUUGCUGUUAAUCCAGUCCCAGCUCCUCCUUUUCCUUCUGUUAUUUCUGGUUCACAGUCUACUGCCCUUGCCCAUCCUGCACCAGCGCGAGGCAGAGGACGAGGCUGCAAGGCUCAAAGUGGAGCAGAGGCACCUAGACGCAGAGGAAAGAGACAGAAUCUUCAAACACCUGUUUCUUUUGAAGUAUCAAUUGAUCAGGAUCCAAGAUCAGUUGAACCUCCUGAAAAAAAAUCCAGGGUGUCUGUUGGGAGGAGGCCCACCACGAGAAAUAAGCAGGAGCAUGAUGGUUUGAAACAGGCAAAUGUCUCGGUUCCUUCCCAAAGUAUUACUGAUUCUGUGAUUGGAAAAUUUGAUACUAGGCCAGAAAAUGGGGCUCAAAAACCAACGGACAUUACCCAGUUAGAUGCAUCUAAAAACUUUGUGGAUUCUGUUGGACCCCUUGUUGAUAAUAAGCAGGAUAAUGGAGUUUUGAAACCAGUUAAUAUUGUUCAAACAGUUGCAUCUCAAGGCAGUGCAGAACCUUCUUCCGAUGAAAUGAAUAAAGAUCAUGAGAAUCAAACUCAAGAUAAAACCAAUUCUAUACUGUCAAAUGCAUCUCAAAACAUGAAGUAUCUUCCUAUGGGUCAAGUUUGUGAUGGUAAACCAGAAAGUGAAGUGAGACUAAUAAACAGCGGCAACUCUGAUGCAUCCAGGGUAUUUACUGAUCCUCCCACGAUUAAAGAAGGUAAAGAUGAGACAGAAAGUGAAGGUAGGAGACUUAAAGAUAUCCAAUUGGAUUUAUCUACUGGAUUUGGGGAUUCUUCAGUCGCAAGCAUAAGCCAGUAUAAACAGGGGAAUACAGCUGAGAAAGAGAUGAACAUUAUACUGUCUGAUCCAUGUCAGAGCAGAGAAGAUGGUACCCCAGCCCAAGCUAGUGAGGCGGAGGAUAACAGAACCGAUAAAUCAGCUUGUGAUGUUGAGGCUGAUGCAUCUCAGUUCAUUGCAGAUCCUUCCAGGGGACACAGGCAGGAGAGUGAAGCCGAGGGGCAAGCAAAUACCGGUCAAAUGGUUGCAUCUCAAAGUUUUUUAGAUCCUGCUGGAGUACAAGUUAAUACUAGUGUGCAAAAGAAUGAUGCUCCCAUAGUGGAUAAUGUUGUGGAAUUGGAUUCAUCUCAAAAUAUUGCAUAUUCCCCAGCUGUUGAGGUCCAGGAUAAUCAGGGAACAGAAGCUCAGAAGGACAUUGAUAUUCAAUUGGAAACUGCUGCUAUACUUUCUGGAUCAGUUCCCAUAAUUGAGAGUGCAGAUGAUAGGUGUUGCUGUGAACAUAGGAAGGAAGUUGAGGAUGAGAUGGAAGAGGAGAACAGAACUGAUACAUCAGCUUGUGAUGUUGAGUCUCAUGCAUCUCAGUUCAUUGCAGAUCCUUCCAGGGGACGGGGGCAGGAGAGAGAAGCUGAGGGGCAAACAAAUACUGGUCAAACGGAUGCAUGUCAAAGUGUCUUAGAUCCUGCUGUUGUACAAGUUAAUGCAAGUUUGCAAAAGAAUGAUUCUCCCAUAGUGGAUAAUGUUGUGGAAUCAGAUUCACCUCGAAACAUUGCAGAUCCCUUAGAUGUUGAGUUCCAGGAUAAUCAGGGAACUGAAGCUCAGAAAGACACUGAUAUUCAGUCAGAUACUACUGCUAUACUUUCUGGGUCAGUUCCCAUAAUUGAGAGUGCAGGUGAUAGAUGUCGCAGUGAACGUGGGAAGGAAGUUGGGUAUGAGAUGGAAGAGGUGGAGAGCUCCUUUUUGGAUCUACAUCCAACUAUUUCAGCUUCAGUCACCCCAGUUUCUGGUCUGUUGCACAGAUCUGUUGAUCAAGCUAAAACUGAGGAACAGGUUGCAAAAGAUUCUUUUCCAGAUCCAGGCUGUGUGUCAGCUCCGCCAACAAAGGAAAAUGCAGCUCGAGAUAAAAACGUUGCUUUGAAAAAGUCUGAUGAUUUCUGUGCAGAACUUGAAACUAAAAAAGAAGAAAUCAAGGAGGCAGGUGUAAAUGAUUUUCUUGCCUUAAAGCCUGAGGUGGAUGCGAAAAUUCUCUUGCAAGAAAAUUCACAUUCUUUGGUGGUGGUUGAACCGAUUGUUGUAGCCUCAAGCUCUAGUGUGUGCAAUCCUGAAAAUCAAUCAGGUAAGGAGCGUGCAAAAAGUAAGUUUCUGGAUGAUUCCGUUGUUUCAGACCCUGGAUUGACUGAGAAUACAAUUUACUCUGACAAAGGUGCAGACAACCCACUUUUGCUGAUGUCAAGUGAUUCAGACCUUUUGACACUGAAUGAUCAAAGGUGUGAUGGUAAGACUUGUGCAACUGUACCAACUUUUGCAUCGAUGGGUUCAAGUGGUGCAGUUGUUAUGUUUGAAAAUCCAAGUGGAAAGCUUAGUGAUGGAGAAGUUGAGCAAAAGGGCUCUGUUGACAGAUCUCAAACCUCAGAUUUAUUGGAAGAGGGAACAACUGCUCCUGAUUCUGAGAUUUUGGAGGAUAUAUCUGAGAUUCAUUCUAAGAAAACAUUCCCCGAAGAGAACAAGAAGCAAGACAAUCUUCUGAGUCAGGAUUCUGUUUCAGUUUUAUUUUCUGCUGAGAAUGUGGCUUCUGUACUGGAUAAUGCUCAAAAUAAGUCACAGGAUAUAUGUCAAAAUGUAGAUGGAAAUGAUCCAGAGAGCAAAGGUUCUGGUUUGGAUGAGGUCGUCUUGUUCAAGCAUGAGUUGACUCGUGCUGGGGAAAUCAAGCAAAAGGAUUCUGCUUUUGAUGGACCCCAAACCUCAGAUUUGUUGAACGAGGCAAUAGCUGCUUCUGAUUCUGGGGCUUUGACAGAGAUAUCUCAUUGUGAUAAAAUUGCCACAGAUCAGUAUGAGAAGCAAGACACUGUUCCGUGUCAGGAUUCGAUUUCAGUUGUAUCUUCUAUUGAGAAUGUGGUUUCUGUUGUGGAUCAAGCUCCAGAAAACUCACAGGACACAUGUCAAAAGGAAGAUGGAAAUGACCUUAAGAGGAAAGCUACUGGUUUGGUUGAGGUUUCUGUAUUAAAGAAUGAGUUGACCAUGACACUGGAAACUUCAUCUCAAACUCUGAGAGCUUCAGAAGUGGCUCCGGUAUUAGAUACUACUGUAAAAGAAACUAGGAAUCAGGCCACAGAAGAGGAUGCUAAUGGACGGGGGAGUAAAGAUUCUUCUGUAAUGGAGUCUGUUGUUCCUAAGCCUGAAGUGUCAGAGGUUGAAGCUUGUCCUGGGAAAGCAGAUGCUGAAGGGCUUCAAAGCAGAGGCUGUUUUGUGGAGAGUGCCAAUGCUCCUGUUUCAAUGUAUGGCAUAGCAAAUAACCAAUCUUUGGUUCAAAAUACAUCCUCCACCCGUUCAUCUCUUGAAAUUGAAGAAGUGGUAGCUGAUCUUCCAAAUGAAGAAUGUGUGAAACAGGCUGAUGAUCAAUUUCAGGUGGGACAGGUUGGAACAACUAUAACUGAGGCUUUUGUUCCAGCACCUGAUAGCGGUGAUUUUGUUAGUAAAUCAUCAUCAAUGAUUGUUACUGAGCUAAGAGAGGAUUUUGAGGUGAAAAAAUCUUCAAUUACUUGUGAUGGAACAACUGAAGAGAAGUCUGAUUUUCAAGCUAGUGAAGAUUAUGCAACUGAAGUGCUAGAGACCAGGAAUAUGGAGGUUGAACCAGAUGCAAGCCUUGCAUUUGAGACCUUUAAGGGCAUAGAAGAGAGGGUUGUUUCAAAUGCUGAAAUAAAUGUCACCAGUCAUAGUCCCAAUGAAGGAAAAUCUGAAAAUUUGGUUGACUCCAAAAUUAUCGAAGAAAAGCCUGUGAAGGAUAUUGAUAGAGAAGUUACUGAAUUUACCGUGCAGACUAGCAACUUGAAGGAUGAUCUGCCUGAGAUGGCUGAGGUUGAUUGUGAUUCUAGAACAGAUGAUUCAGGAAAACAUGAAAGCCAAGACAGCAUACUAGAAAAGGACUCUGCUACAACUGCUAUGGUAAGUGGUGCUCAAACUUUGGAGGAAAUGACAUCCUCAACUUGUUUAGUGCUCGAGACAAACAGACUUAAUGGUAAUAAUGAGCAAUCUGAAAAUGAGGCAGACUUGCAACAUUUUGAAGAAAUCAUUCCAAUUAAUAUUAGUAAAGAGGUCAGUGUAUCCUGUAUGAAGAGUGUUAAUUUGAUUGAUGCUCUACCAGAGAUGGCUGUGGGUGAAGAUGAUUCUAAACGAGCUGAUUCUGAGAUACUUGCAGCCACUGACCACAUUCUAGAAAAUGUUUCUGUUUCAACACUUGAGGCAACUAGAGUGCAAAAUUUGGAGGAAACAACACCAUCAACCAUUUUAGUGCUUGAGACAGAAGGUUUAGUUGUUCAGCCUCCGAAAAAGAACUGCGACGAGCAAUCUGACAAAGAUAUCGAAAUGGUAGAAGAUGGAAGUGUCCCUGAUUUAAGCGCAUCUUCCAUUGCAGCAGCCGAGUGUUGUGAAAUUGAUACCAAGUCUGCUACUAAUUUGCUGGAGAAUAUGGUUGAUUCCAUACAGAGUGCUGAGGAAGAAGCAUCUCUGCCCUUGGAAAUAGCUAGUCAAGAUGUCACACCUGCUGAAGUGGCUGAGAAGUCCGAGAUUGGAUCUGGUAGAAAUUUUGUAGCUGAAGCACAUGGGAGCGAAAAUGCUGAAAUGGAUGACACUCUGGUUGCUGCUGCUGAAGCUAGUGAACCUAAACCUUAUGUGAACUUAGGGACAACUGAAAGUAAAGAUGCUUCUACUAAUAUGGAGAACAUGGCUGGUUUCAGACAGAACAUUGAGGAAGAAGCACCUCAGGCACCUCCAUCCAUGGAAAUAGCUAGUGAAGAUGUUACACCUGCUGAAACUCUUGCAGACAAGUCUGAGGUAGGAUCUGGAAGAGAUGAUGAUGAUGAAGUAAAAGGCAGCAAAAGGGCUGAACUGGUCAAAGUAGUAGUUACAGAUGCUGAAGCUAGUGAACCUCAACCUUGUAUGGAUGCUGGAGCACCUGAAAAUAAAGAUGGUUCUGCUAAUUUGUUGGAGAACAGGGUUAAUUCCAGACAGAGCAGUGAGGACGAGGCAUCCUCAUCGUUGGAAAUAGCUAGUCAGGAUGCUACGCCUGCUGAAUUUCUUGCGGAGAAGUCUGAGAUCGGAUCUGGAGGAGAUUUUGUAGCUGGAGUACAAGGAAGUGGAAGGACUCAACUGGACAAAACUGUUGUUGCAGAUGCUGAAACUAGUGAAACUCAACCUCACACUUAUGGGGAAGCCUCUGAAAGUGAAGAUAGUUCUGCUAGUUUGUUGGACAAAAUAGUUGAUUCCAGACAGAGCAUCGGGGAAGAAGCUUCUUUGUCCUCAGUAAUGGCUAGCCAAGAUGUUACACCUGCUGAAGUUUUUGUGGAGAAUUCUGAGAAUGGAUGUGGUAGAGAAUCUGUAGCUGCUGUACAAGGGACCAGUAGAGCUGAACUGGACAAAACUGUUGUCGCAUAUACUGAAGCUAGUGGACCUCAACCUUGUACAAAUCAGGGAGCAUCUGAAAGUAAAGAUGGUUUACAACAGCUUGUUGAAGAGUACUCGGACAUGGCUAGUGAUAUGUAGUCUUCGCUUCGGACAUGCCACAUUACAAUUCCUGUUUGGAAGCAUUUGGUCAAUUCGUGGGUGGCUUUUUCUUUCGGGUUGUGAUUCAAUUGUUGGUUGGCUUUGAGGCUCCAAAAAUCCUGCUCUGGUGGUUAAUUGCUAUUCUGUGGUUGGGACCGCAAAUGCCAUUUUGUUGAUUUGAUCACACAGCCACUUGGAUGGCUGUGAAUAUGAAGUCUCUCUCUCUCUCUCUCUCACAUGCUAUAAUUUGAUGGCCAUUAAGGCGGGAAGGAUCAGAUUUGCUAUUUGCUCUCCCAAAUUUUGUAGCUUGCUUGUACAUCUUCUCUGAACGGGAUUUUACUCUUUCCCUUGGGGAUGGAAAAAACAAACAUGUACUAAAACGCACAAAAAGCAUGUCUACAAAUCCUUGAUCGAGAGAAUGUAUUAUGUGCUUGUCGCUUUACAAAUCUGCAAAUUCAUGUGGUGUAUAGAUUUUCAUAUACUCUUGCCCCUUGUGUCACUGGCUUGGCGAAAUGUUUGUUGUUCCAAUUGUCUUCUCUCUCCCUCCAUUCCAGUAAAAGAGAAUAUUUGAACACAGACC